ACAAUCAAUAAUACCAACCCUUCAGUUGAUAGUCUUCCUUCUAGGCUGACACUCACUGCUAAGCAAAAUUAUCUCAAUCUUCGAUUUGCGAGCGAUUACUACAACUCUGCUAGAUCAAGCCUUAAUGGCGUCCACAAAUUCCGGCAUCACCACUGACGCCUCAACCGGCGAACGUUACAUCCCCUCUUCAGUCCGUCCGGACGGUUCCAAGCGUCGCGAGAUCAAAGUUCGGCCAGGUUACCGGCCACCAGAAGAUGUCGAACUGUACAAGAAUCGCGCCGCAGCGGCUUGGCGAAACCGUGGUUCUGGCGGGGUUCCAGGCGCCGAGGGAUUGACCGAGGCGAGCGAAAACAAAGCCAACACAGCAGCCAGCAACAAGAACGCGAAGCGGCGAGAGGCGAAGAAAAAGGCCAAGGCGGCGCAGGAGUCCGAGCCCGCUUUGACGUCGACUCCGGCCAAUGGACAGAGUGUGCGGGAUCUGGAGAACUGGCGUUCGGGUGCGUCUGCUGAGAAAAAAGACUCUACCGCUGAGGCGCAGCCCGAAGUCGAUCCUGAAGCGGAGAAGGAGAAGAAAGCACGGAACCUGAAGAAGAAGCUCAGACAGGCGCGUGAUCUGCGGGACAAGAAGAACCAGGGCGAGGCGCUGCUGCCCGAGCAGUUGGAGAAAGUGAUCAAGAUCCAGGAGUUGAUUCGUCAGCUUGAUGCACUGGGCUUUGAUGCUAAUGGCGACAAGAAGGACUCUACUGAAGAGAAAGAGAAGGAGAAGGAGAAGGAGAAGGAGGGUGCCUGAACGAAAUUGUGAGCAACAUGCUUCUGAAUCAACAGAACGGACUGCGCACUACUGUUCGAGUCUUUCAGCAGUACUCGACAUCUCAACUCUCGGAUCGCUGCACAGUCUUCUCUCAAUACGCUAUCAUACAUGGCUGCCGGACAUAUGUGUAUGGCCGUGACUACAGGUGUCUUAUCUCCGGCAGCAACGACAGCCUUGGCUCCCAGGCGCCGUACGUCCAUCACCCGUUGGAGGAGGGAUUAUGGGCAGACGACGACAACACGUCCUCGUCCGAAUCAGUCUCAAUUGAAUGAACUCGAACUACGCUGGGCUGGUAUGGUCAAAGAUGAAGAGUGAUUAUCUCAAAUUGACUCGUCCGCAGAUCACCCACACAUCCGUACCAAUGUGUUCAAAUGCCCGAUAGUCAUCAAAUUACAGACUAGGAAAGAUUUUAGUGCAUUCAAUGGUCAUUCC